CCUGGUUGCCUAUAAAAACACCUGUUGUGAUUGCAAACGCAGUAGAAUCAUUUCAAUACAAUUUGGCUGGGAAACUCGGCCAGGCCUACUGACAUUAUUCCCGUUCCAAUUUUUUUUUGUCCCCAUCCGCGUCGCCAAGUUUAUUUUGCGCGGAACGGCGCCAGUGCCCAGUGUAGGAGGUGCCCAGUGGUAGCAAGCAAGCAAGAUUGGCGCGUUAUUCCGACUGCCUAAAACUAAAAAGUGGAGCUCGAACUCGGAGGAACUUACAACUAAACCAGAAACUCAGCCUCAGUUAUCUUCAUAGGCAUCUGGUAUUAGAGCUAAGCCUUCUUGGAGUAGUAUUUGUAGCCAGUUCUUUAUUCAUAAUCCCUGAAGUAGGCUGGAUUCGACAGCGGAGCUCUCUCAAGAAGAAUGGCACUUGUCAACAUUUGUGAUGUUACAGUGUUGAACAACCCCACGUCAUUCCUGAAGCCUUUUCAAUUCGAAAUAACAUUCGAAUGUCUGGAAGAUCUGCCAGAAGAUCUGGAGUGGAGAAUCAUCUAUGUGGGUUCAGCAGAAAGCAUGGACCAUGAUCAAGUACUGGACACUAUCCUUGUUGGACCUGUCCCAGGGGGGAAACACAUGUUUGUAUUUGAGGCUGAUCCUCCCGAUGUAAGAAAGAUCCCAGUUGACGAUGUGAUGGGAGUGACUGUCGUACUGCUCACCUGUUCUUACAAAAGCAAAGAAUUUAUCCGAGUUGGCUACUACGUGAACAAUGAAUACGAUGACCCAGAACUGAAGGAAAACCCUCCUACAGAAAUCCAUUAUGACAAACUUCAGAGGAACAUUCUUUCAUCAGAAGUGAGGGUCACCCGUUUCACCAUCCCAUGGCACGACACCAAAGAAGAGGCUGGGCAGGAAGAAAAAAUGGAAGAAGACGAGGCAUCCUGUGCAGAGGCUCAGGGUCCUUCAAAGUUACCAGAUGAAAUUGAAGCACGGAUAGCCCAGGACUUGGCAUAUGAAAGAGCAGAAAGAGAACGGAUGAUGUCAAAAGUUCCUCUUGCAGAUCCUGGAAAUAUUUACCCUCAUGGUGAUGUUCGAUAUAAUUAUAAUUCUGAGGAUUCAUCAAGUUUGUGUCUGCCGUAGUUGUUUUUGAGAAUGUCAGAUUGAGUUUGCUAAGGUUGAAAGGACAAGUGUGCUUGUUCUUGUGAGUGGAAGGAAAGAUGAAAGGAUGAUAAACAUAGUUACACUUUUGUGUCAAGAUUCCCAACCUGGUGAAAUGAAAUCACAUCUAAUGGAUAUGGCUUUUGUACUUUUUGUCACUGGGAUUCAUUGUAGAGGCUUGUGUUGCAAGUGCCGUUGGUGAAAACUAAAUCUAAAGAGGCUGGUGGGUUGUUUUGUUGGUGUGGGUUUUUUUUAAGAAUGUCUGUGUUGUAAGGCUGAGUGAGAGAUAAAGUAAAAAUUAUAAUUAAGAGCUUUUGGGCUGAGGAAGUCCUAACUUGACCAACGGGGAGAAAACUAGUGCCUAAUUCAGUAAUUGUUGUGUAAAAAAAAAAUUGUGAUCCAACUCGAAGGUUAUUCAAGAUUAGAUGAGGAUUCUUUCAAGCUGCAGUAGGUUAUUACUGUACCAAUACCAAUGUCAGAUAAGGUUUUGCGAAUUUUUAGUUUUAAAAAUUCUUCGACGCUCAGGUUCACCAUUCAUGCUAUUUGAAUACCGUGUGCGAAGUUUUUUUCUUGCAUACCUGAGUCUGUCAGCGGCAUUCUAUUGUCAAUAAUUGCUCUUCACGGCACUAUCCAUCCAGUGUCUCUCAGCUCAGUGUGUGUGUCUGCCUCUUCAAGUGCCGCGACCGCAGCUUGCACAGCAUGUGUGGUGAUGAAACAUUGUUUCAAAGAAAGAUGGGAUAAUGAGAUUGAGGGGGAUGGAGGUGACACAUGGCCAGCACAGCUCAUAUUAUUCAUUAUCUCUCAUUUCAUUGGUCGCUGCAGUUCCCCCACUCUGGACCUACCCUCCCAAUGUUCAAGCCUAACGGAUCCAGCGAGUGGUGGCAGGCUGAGGUGUGUGUGGGGUGGGGGGGGUCUUUCAAAACGCAACUGUAGGUACCCUAACCCGGCACAGCACACUGCGGUUCAAUGACAUCACAUCAACAUUCAUAUAUUAUAGCCUAAUGCUUUGAAUUUUGAAUGGGGAACCCAGUAUGCCAGCCUACGCAAAACUAUUUGUGGGCUUCAAAUCGAUCUUUUCUUUACUCGUAUAGACUUGCGCUUAGAAUUUUGAAUAGAGGGAGCUCUCAGGGUGUCAGCCUACGCAAAACCUUCCAGUGCAUUUUGAAGUGAUGGUCCCCUGUGUUAUUUAUGGCGUUACUGGUGCUUCUUGGACGCUUGUUAACUCCAUUUGGGUCCACUUACCUUUCUGUCCCAUUUAAUCAUCAGCUGUAAUGUAUUGUUGAAUUUACUUCAGUGAGUAGUUUCAAUAUUGCACGCUCUGCUUUUACGGGUUGUGACAGAAAAAUAAGGUGAAAAUCCAUUAUCCUAGAAAAAGAACAAACACUCACACGUCAUUCGAAUGUAACGCUUUGAUUAGCUGUAAAUAUCGCAAAAAUUGGGAAUGUUUAGUAAUGGAAUCGAAUGCACACUUCUCUAAUGUCAGAUCCGUUUCAUAACAUUUGUUUUGUGAGAUUUCCUCAAAGUUCACUUAAUUCAAUUGUACUUUUAUGUUACAACUGUAUGGCUAGAUCUAGUUAUAUCACUGCCAUCUGGUGCAGCAGGUAGGACUUUCAUGUGGCAUGCAGUAAGUAUGUCAUUCCUGUGUGGUACAAUUUCCUUCUUCUUCUCCUCCCCUGGGUGUCUUCCUGUUUCGGCUGCAAUGUCGUGUCACUUUCAGCGAGGGUUGGUCGUGGCAGUUUGUGCUGAAGCAGUCAGACUCCUUAUGUUUGGAUAGUGUCGAUCUGCGUGUAAAACUUAUCAAUUGUUGGUGCGCUCAAAUGAGCUGGAAAAAUUGCCUGUCUCAGGAUAGAUCAACAGUUUUGUUGAUGUCGGCUAUUUCUUAGUCCUCCAAAAUGAGCAAAAUUAGAAGUUCUGCGUAAUUGAUCAUUUUAGCUAAACUUAAGCUACUGUACAUGUAAUAAAAAUUGUUAUCCUGAGUCUUCUUUAAUAAUGAUGUCCAGCUGAGUGUAGAAUGUUGACACAUUUAGUCAGCUGAUGAUGAUGAGUGAAUGUGGGAUGUGUGUGUGUCUAAUCACUCUAAAAUUAAUAACCAUUUUCCUUCAUCAGUUUCAAAUUCUCAUGUUGUUGUCUACAUUAUUUAUUGUCCAUUGGCUGUCUUAUUUUUGAACAAUUUUUAAUACUUAUGUGCAAAAUGUUCUCAUGCAAAAAUUAAACAAUUGUGAAUAAUUCAA